AAAUACGUCAAGUCAAACUACUAUUAGAAAAAAAUAAAACAGUUUUAUUAAGCAAUUCUGUAAACUUGAAGCAAUCUGCAGCUGCUUUAGAAAAUUCAUUUAAAUCAUCUAUUAAUUCUUGGCAUGAGGAAAUUGAUAAUAAAAUGCAACAGGUUACAGAAGUUUCUAAGAUAGGUUUUAUGCAAAAUGAGCUUCUUAAGGAAAAUAUUAAGAAUUUAACUUCAAAAACGGAAAUUGACUUAAAUGAAAAUGUAGAACAAUUGAAAAAUUCUGUGAACGAAUACUCCAAAGUAUCAGCAUUUGAACUGAGACAAACUCAAGCUGAAAUAAAUGAAGCAUACAAUAUUUCAAAUAAAGUGGAUGAUGAUUAUAACAAAAUGUUACAUGUACAGAAAGAAUUGCAAACAAAUCACGUCAAUUCCCAAUUCAGUAUUCUUCAAGACAUAAAAAAUAAAAAUAAUUUACAAGUAGAAAAUGCUGUGUCUGUUAUAAAAUCGUUUGAAAACAAUAUUGGAAAUUGUUUGGAAAAUUUUAAAAAAUACAUUCCUACAGGUACUACUCCAAUAAGAAAAACAUAUACUUAUCCAAAAAUGCUUCCAAUCCAAAUGACUAUAACCCAGGAAUAAAAGUAAAAUUUUAUAAAAACAGAAAAUAAGUAUUUUGCAUAUCUAUAAGCAUUUUUAACCAACUGAAUAAUAUGUAGCAUAAUUCAAUUCUUCAAGAAUUGAACUACGAUGUAUUUCUAAUUUCGUAUUUAUUCAUGUGUAGUAUUCAAUGAAUUAAAUGUUUUUUUUUUU